CACUUGAUUCAGAAUACUUUCAUCAUCUUCUUGAGAUAUUUAAUCCUUAACUUGGUAGACAUGGCGACUGAAGAAGAAGCUGAUGAGUACAAUAUUUCUGAAGUUGAUUGGGGUGAAGAACCGGGAUACUCAUGGGAAGAUCAAAACUGUGGAGAUGGCUCUGAAGAAGACUACCAGUGUAGAGAGUCAAGUGCUGAAGAUGGAUAUGAGGAAGAACCAUGUCGUGGGGAGCUUGAUUCCAAGCCACAAGACCGCUACAAGAACCAUACCAUCAACAAGAGCUAUUCUAAACCUUGGUUAAAAUUUACUGAUAAAUUUUAUGACUAUAGUCCGACAGUUUUCACCAAAACACUUGUGUCUUGUUCAGGAAAAGAGAACUACUCCAGAUGGGAGGAAGACAUGGAAAAUUAUUUUUGGGAGUACAAAGUUCCUGAACAUAAGAAGCUGUCCAUAGCCUUAGACACCCUUGUAGGAGAAGCUUACCAAUGGUGGCUUCAAGAGGAAGAAUGUCGCAUCUACUUCAAGGAACCAACCCCACACUGGGAAUAUGUCAAAGAGCUGAUGUAUGAGCAUGUCGAGAUGAGGAGAUUACCCCCUAGAACCUGUCCUAAACGUUUUGUUAAACUGAAACCGAGACAACUACAUGAGCGUGAGGUAACUUUAACUUCUCACUAUAAUUCAUAUGAUCAGUUUCGUUUGUAUAAGUUUUCAGGAAAAGGUGAAGACCCUAGAAACUAUCUUCAGUGGGAAGAGGACAUGGAAAGGUACUUCAAGUGCAACUCAAUUCCAAAAGGAGAAUACUUGUCCUAUGGUCUAGGACAGCUCACUGAAAAGGCUCAACGGUAUUGGAAAAGAGAAGAGAAGUAUAGGGAACAAUUUCAAGAGCCUCCUAUACGCACUUGGGAGCAAUUCAUAGGGGUCAUGAGGGAUAUAUUUGCAACUUACAUCCCUACACAACACGCUCAGAAGGUGUCUACAAAGAGAGUAGUACAACCCCAAGUCUUGCAGCCGGCAAACCAGAGGCAAAGCUCAAAACCAGUGCAUACACCUCAUGUAAAGCACAACCAAGGUGAGUACUCUAAAUUUUUAAAACCACCUGAGGUUAUUUGUUAUAGGUGUCAAGGCCAAGGUCAUCUUGCAAAAGAUUGCCCCACAAAACGAGCUGUGAAGAUGGCACUACGUGAAGCAAGAGAAACCAACUUGGAGGUAAGUGAUUCCUUUACUAGAAUAGAUAAAAAGUUUGAUGAUCUUAUCAACUUGAUUAAAGCUGGAUCUAAUUCUGUUUCUAGUAAUUCCAUGACUGUCUUAACACACCUGUCUAGUGCCCAAAAGGUUAAAAACAUUUCAGGUACUAACAUGGAAAUCAAGGAACAAGAACCCAACCUUGCUGCGCAAGCAAGUUCAACACUUGAAAAUUCUCAAGUCCCAACUAAUGACAAGGUGAUUUCUGAACUUAAUGUGAUUAAUCUUAACUAUCAAAACACUGGGAUGAUGCACUUGUACUCUGUCCAGAAUGUUUAUGAAGGUCGAGGUAAUGAGGAGACACGUCCAGAAGCUCAACAACAAGAGAAUAAUGAGCAAUCUAUCCUAGAGACCUCUACACCAGCUGAUCAUGCUUUAGAGGUAGCAAAUACCGAAGCUGAAUCAAUGCAAGAUAACCAGGUAAGUGAAGCUCUAAAUAUUACUCAAUACUAUUUUUUUGAAUCCUCCACUUCAAGUAUGAAACACUUGCUCUUGCCCAUAAGUGAUGAUUCAGGUAUAGGUACAAUGGAGAAGCAUCCAGAACCAAACUCACAACCUUACACCCAAGCAGUGGUCAAUGGAGAAACCAAGUGUGAAAUAGGAGAUUUCAAAAAGGAGACCACGUUCUUGCCAAGGGAAAGCAUAGACCUACCAUGGAAAGGGGUCAUAGCUUCCCUACUGAUUAAAGAAGAACCACCAUAUGGACAAUGCAUCACAAAACUGUCCAUAUACCAAGGUAAAUUGGUUUUGAGGACAAAACCUUUUGAAGAGGGAGGGAAUGAUGAGGACCUCAAGUCAGUAGCUGGACCACCAACUCAUGAGAUCAACCAUACAAGCUACAUUGGAGCCAGCAGCAACAUAGGUUCACUCAAAGAAGGAUAUCCGGACCCAAAUGAAUCCAAAUUGAUUCAUUUCCAAAAAUUUAUAAUAACCAAACAUAGUUUAAUUUUAAAAUCCAAAACCCGAUACCCGUAAAAAAUGAUCUUUAUUGGAACGUAUACUUGAAUGUUAAUGUCUAACUGAUUAUGUAACCAAAUAAAAACAAUUGUGUUAACCGGUUUAAAUUCUUGUCAUUAAUGGAGCCAUUUCAUUUAAACACGUGAUAUUAUUAUGGUUAAUACGUAAAAUAAAUAACAUCGAAUUGUUAUGGUAAAUAUAAUUAAUAAUGUAGUUUAGAAGAGUGAACAAGAAUGUAAAAGAUGUAAUAAAAUACUUAAAUGAAAACAAUAAAUGAACUAGUUAAAAUUAGUAAAAUAAAUAAAAAUCUGUAAAAAUCCACUUGAAAAGACAAGUAUUAUUUUGUACUUCAGUUUUAUUUUGUACUUUGAAAGCGCGGGUAUUGUUUCCUUUAAUAUAAUAUUAUAUGAAAAUAUGUAUAUUUGGGCUGUAUUUAUAGGAGAUUAUAUUUCUUAAUGUGUAAUUUUAAAUCGAGCACAACAAUUGAGAAAAUUAUCAAAGUUUUUGACAUAAUGAUAAUAGGGGAAAUUUUACUUAUACACUUUUCUUGAUACCACUUUUCAUUUAUACCACCACCACUCAAAGGACAUUUUCAUAAAUACCACAUUCAUUAAUGUGUAAAAGACUAAACUAACCUUACCUUAUCUUCAAUCUAUCGUCUCCUUCUUCUCUACCGUCGUGAUCCUUCUUCUCUCUCCGUUUGGAUCCACCGUCUCUCUCCGUCGGAUCCACCGUCCUUCUUUUCGAGAUCCAUCAUAUCUGUCCCCGUUGAGAUCCUUCUUCUCUCUUCGUUGAGAUCUGUCGUCAUCUCCGUCGAGAUCCGUACGUCGUCGUCUCCGUUGAGUUCCAUCGUCACUCUCUCUCACGUAUCUGGUGAUAAGCAAUUACGAGAAUCACGAUUCAAAACCUCAAAGAUGUUGGCUCCUCUCCACGAUUCACACUGGUAUGUUUCUAAUUUGUGUUUUUUUUUUGUUCGAUUCAAGUAAUAUUUUGGAUUUGUUCUUUCUGUUAUAAAAAAAAAAGUCAACGAAGGUUGGUUUACAACAGGUCGAUCUAAGAGAAAGAGUUUCGAUAGUGAACAUUGAGUUUUCAAAAAAUUAUAAACCUUUAUAAAUCUGGGUUCAAGUAAUUUUAGGAUUUUCUUUCCUCUGUUAUUCAAAAAACAAAUAAGAUUGAUUUAGACUUGUCAUUUGAAUAGUUCUGGUUAGGAGAAAUAUUUUCGGAUAGUGAACAUUGUAUUUUAAAGAAUUAGAACCUCUUAUAAAUCUGGGUUUUAAGAUAUUGUUGAUAGUACAACUCCAUGCUUUACAAAGUUUUAUAAAGAAGUUUGUAAACAAGAGUUGAUCAUAUAUGUCUAUAAAAAACAUAUAAAUGUGUGAAUUUGAGAAGUCUUGUCUUUUAUUAUCCUAUAUUCUUUGUAAGACUGUUACCAAAAUACAUGAACAUUAUGCUUGGAUAAAGUAUCUUUAGACCAUGAUUAAAAGUUAACAUCAUCUUUUUAUUUCGUCUUGCAGUUAGAUAGCAAUGAAUUUUGCACAUCUUUGAGAUUGCGUCCGAGGAUUGAUGAAGCUAGAACAGAACCACUAGACAAUCUAAAAGUGAUUAUCCAAUCGGUGUCUUGGUCAAUAAUGUGAAGCAUUUUAUAAAAGAUUAUAAAUGUAGUUUUAUAAGGGUUUAUAAAUUAGAAGUUUGUAGAGACUUAUAAAACGUUGUUUAUUCUUUAUUACUUCUUAUGGUUAAUACAAUGCUUGGAUUUCCUGAUGAAUACAAACAUUUGGUGACCCCAACACAUCCUGAUCUUGAUGAAAUAGAUUUUAACAGUGCUGUACAAUUAGUUCAACAAAGAUAUAAAAUGAAGAAAAUUUAAUGGGAACAAGGAUUUGUAGAUAUACUUUUUGCAACAUAUGAUAUAGGAAAAUAACACAUGAAAGAAGAUAAAAAUGAAGAAAAAAGAAAGCUGAAAAGCAAAUAAGAGUUUGUAAAUCAUUUAUAAAACGGUUUGUAAAGUUUAUAAGCUAUUUAUAAAGGUUUAUAAAUUAUUUGUAAGAGUAUCUAAACCAUUUAUAAAGGUUUAUAGAACAAUUAAUAAAGUCUAUAAACCAUUUUAACUGUUUAUAAAAACAUAAUGAAAUUAUAUAAACAAUUUAUAAGGGGUAUGUAUACAAUUUAUAUGGUUUAUAGGUUUAGGAAUCAAUUAGAAAGUCUCUUAAAUAAUUUAUAAGAGUCUCGAAUAAUUAAUGAUGACUUAUAAAAAUCAUUUAUAAGAGUUUGUAAAAUAAUUUAUAAGGGUUAUAAGGAUAUAUAAAUACUUAAUAAGAGUUUAUAGAUCAUUUAUAAAAUUUUAUUUAAUUUUUUAUGAAUUUUAUAAACCUAUUAUAAAGGCUGAUAAAACAGUUUAUAAAGUAUAUAAACUAUUUAUAAAUGUUUAUUACAAAAAUUAUAAAAGUUUAUAAAUAAUUCAUAAGGGGAAUGUAUAUAAUUUAUAAGGUUUAUAUAGGUAUAUACAUGUUUAUAAAUCAAUUGGAGGUCUUUAAAUCAAUUAUAAGAGUCUAUAACCAUUUAGAAAGGCUUAUAAAACAAUUUAUAAAGUAUAUAAACUAUAUAUAAAUGUUUAUUACAAAAAUUAUAAAUGUUUAUAAAUAAUUUAUAAGGGGUAUGUAUAUAAUUAUAAGGUUUAUAUAUGCAUAUACAUGUUUAGAAAUCAAUUGGAAGUCUUUAAAUCAAUUAUAAGAGUCUAUAACCAUUUAGAAAGACUUAUUAAACAAUCUAUAAGAGUUAAUAAAAUAAUUUUAAAGUGUAUGUAAAUUAUUUUCAAGGUUUAUAUAGGUAUAUACAUGUUAAGAAAUCAACCGGAGGUCUUUAAAUCAAUUAUAAGAGUCUAUAACCAUUUAGAAAGUCUUAUUAAACAAGGUGUUAUAAAAGAAGUUCUUAAACAAGAGUUCAUCGUAUAUAUCUAUAGAACAACAUAUAAACGUGUGAACAUGAGAAGUCUUGUGUUGUGUUAUCCUAUAUUCUUUGUAAGACUGUUACCAAAAUACAUGAACAUUAUGCUUGGAUAAGGUAUCUUUACACGAUUAAAAGUUAACAUUAUCUUUUUAUUUCGUCAGGCAGUUAGAUAGCAAUGAAUUUUGCACAUCUUCGUGAUUCAUCUGAGGAUUUAUGAAGCUGGAACAGAUCCACUAGACAAUCCAAAAGUGAUUAUCCAAUCGGUGUCUUGGUCAAUAAUGUGAAGCAUUUUAUAAAAGAUUAUAAAUGUAGUUUUAUAUGGGUUUAUAAAUUUGUAAAUUAGAGAUUUGGGAGACUUAUAAAACUUGUUUAUUAUUUGUUACAUCUUUUGGUUAAUACAAUGUUUGGAUUCUCUAAGGAAUACAAACAUUUGGUGACCCCAACGCAUUCAGAUCUUAAUGACAUAAAUUUUGACAGUGUUGUACAAUUAGUUCAACAAGGAUAUAAAAAGAAGAAAAGUUAAUGGGAACAAAAUUUUGUGGAUUUACUUUUUGCAGUAUAUUAUGAUAUAAAGCAAUAACACAUGAAAGAAGAUAAAAGUGAAGAGAAAAGAAAUUUAAAGGGCAAAUAAGAGUUUAUAAAUCAUUUACAAAAGUUUAUAAAACAUUUUUGUAAGUUUAUAAGCGAUUUAUAAAUGUUUAUAAAUUAUUUGUAAGAGUCUCUAAGAUCUAUGGUUCACUUUCUCAGAUCAACCAAUGGGGGUAGAUCUAUGAUUAUUGAUGAAUGUAAAUAAUUUAUAAAUUUAAAAACUAUUUAUAAAAGCAAUUUAUAAACUAUUUAUAAAAGUUUAUAAAAAAUGUUAUGAAAGCAUAUAUUCAAUUUAUAAGGGGUAUUAUAAGAGUUGUAUAGGUUUAUAAAUCAAUUAAAAGAGUCUAUAACCAUUUAGAAAGCUUUAUAAAACAACUUAUAAUGGUUUGUAUAAUAGUUUAUAACGGGUUAUAAAGGUAUAUAAAUAAUUUAUAAGGGUUUAUAAAAAUAAUUUAUAAAAUUGAUACACCAUUAUAAAAUAAUUUAUAAGGGUAUGUAAUAUUAUUUGUAGGAGUCUAUAAACCAUUUAUAAAGACAUAUAAGAUUUGUAAGUCCGACAAAGGAGGUUUCUUCGUUCGUGGAGCUGAAGCGGUGGGGUCUGAAGCGGUGGAGCAUUGUUUGCUGUCCGCAUGUGCCUCAGAAUCUGCCACGUAUCAUCAUCUCUUUUUAAACAUGCACGUGUUCUUUAUUUUUAUGAAUUUAAUCUUGUGUAUCAAAGUGUUGGGCUUUAAGACGAAAGACUUGUGCCCAUAAUUUCAGCCCAUGAGGCUUAAAUGAAAAGAAUGUUGACAAAAAAAAAAGAUUUAUAAGGGUUUAUAAAAGAUUUUAAUGGGUUUUUAAGAGUUUGUAUAGGGUUUAAAAAAAAUAUAAAGGUUUUAUAAGACUUUAUCAAAAGAUUUAUAAAUAGUUUAGAGAGUCUUUUUAAGCUGUUAGAGAAAUAUCUAUUCAGCCAAAAAACAUAUCAGAAGAAUCAGGUUUGUGGUUUUUUGAAGUGUUACAACUUUUUAUUUCAUGAAAUCAGGUGUAGAGUGUAUGACAAAUGAAGCAUUGUUAAAAGAUAGUUGCUUGUUACUAGUACUUAAUCUGAAGGAUGAAUGCUUCUUGAGACAUUAAGAAACAUACAUUCAGAAAGAAGUCGUUAUAGUCUUCUUUGAGUGUGAAUUCAGCUGAAUCAAACCGCCAAGCAAGAGGAGUAGAAGGCAUCAUCAUCAUAGAGCCAUGGCGGAUUGGGGAGCACCAAGUUGAUGAGCUCUUCAAGCAAUCAGUAGACUUGGGAUAUUUUAUUUUGAUUUACAAGAAUGUAUAAAUUGAUUCAUAUAGGUUUAUAAAUAGAUUUGUAAUACUUUAUAAAAUAUCUACUGCAGUCUAUAAGUUAAUUAUAAAUAUUUAUAAACUAAUUUAUAAAGCUUUGUAAAUCAUUUGAAUCUAGCUCCAAUAGAGUUUGUACUUGCAAAACUCAGUUUUUGUUAGUUGUUACUAACAUGAUCUGAGAAUAUCAAGGCUUCUCCAUAUCUCAUUCUUCUAUAAAAGAAACGAUUGGAACCACACUCAUUUACAUGUCGAACUAAUCUCUUCAACUAUGCAACUCGUAAGAGGAUAUACAAUUGGUUUAGUAUAAGAAAUGUCUGAAGAAGAUGAAAGAGAAGGAUGUAUAAAGAAGCCAACUCUGAAAUUUUUAUAAAUAGUUAUAAAUAUUUAAUUCUUUGAUCAUACAAACCACAUUUUUGUUCAGAGUUCCUCUUGCUUCUUCAAACAGCUCACCAACCUCGUCGAUCUUCAAAAUUUGAGCGCAAGCCAAUCACAUGUUGUUCAUACGCAUCAUCACUCACUUCCAAAAACAAGAUUCAAAAAUAAUAUGCUUUGGUAACUCAACAAACUCAUGCUCCAUCUCCACUGCUUCUAUAGAUAUUAUACACAAACAAGACAUAAAAAAUGAAUCUCAUAUAGUACCAAACAGAACAUUACACUACCAAAACACCAACCUUCCACCUCAUAUACUGCAUAUACUAAACUUUGCUAGUCAAACUACAAAUGGUAUCAUUGUAUUACCUCAAGAAAGUGAGGUACUUGAUAUGCAUAUCAUCACACAUAUUCUCCACAGCAUCCCUUAAAUCCAAAAGCUCAUACCACACCUUUGUAAUUUCCUGCAACAUUAACAUAUCAACCAA